ACAAGCGGAGUACUUCAAACAUACACCUGUCAGGCGUUCGAAGUGAGUGUAAAAAUGAGGGUCUAUUUAUACCAGAUGCGCCCGGUGCUCUUUCUGUUCUACGUGGUGGAGACCACGGCCAACAUGUUCGUGAUGUACUUCCAACUGAAGGCAUUUGUGUUCGUCAACUUGACCACGAUGCAUUGGGCCGAUGCUAUGAUCCAUUACUUUUACAUGGCCUACAUCUACGUAUACACGAUGGUAACGCUCUUCGCCAGCUUAAACCUGUGCACCGGCCAUCGCACUUCGAUCGUCGAGGAAGUGGUGCGUCCUCUGGUCGGAUUUGUUAUGUAUACGAUUGUCUCCCUGAUGGCACUGCACGAUGCCGAGACGGAUUUCUAUGUAUGGUAUGACGAGAAGCAGAAGGGCGGUAUAUUGUACCCCGAGAAGCCGCUCCAUCCGUUCUUCGGUAGUCUGCGGGACCAGGCGACGGCCAGUUUGGUGGCCAGCGUAGUCUUCCUGCUGCACUGCCUCAUUGCCCUGGAUGUCCUGCUGUCGAAUGACGACUCGGAAGACGAGCGUAAGGCAUCCGACUCCUCCGACGACGUGGUCGACGAGGUCGACUACGUCCCGGUGCGUCUCUACGUCUUUGGCGGCGUUGUGCAACGCUGGCUCGAGCAGUUCGACUGGUUCCAGGACUUCACCCAAAGGGGAGUCACAGAUAUCUGAUCCCAACGUAUUAAAUGGCUAGGUUCUUUGGCCUGUACA